AUGGGACCCUAUAUCACAGUUUCAGGUAUAUAUUGCAUAUUGGCGGUGACGAGUGUGACGCAAGCGGAGCAAUGGCGAUGGCGGAGCGACGAGCGGAGCGGAGAGUCGCAGGAGGCGCAGUCGGUCCGCAUCGACAACAAAGUGCGAUUUGAGGAUUCCGCUGAUCGCGCGCUCAACAGUGAUGAAAUGGCCGGCUUCUACAAGCGGCCUUUCGCCGACCGUGCGCUCGUAGCCGACAGGGCAGCGGCGGCGGAGAGGCAGGGUACGCUUGACGACUUACAGUACUGUCGCUGUGAAAGAACGCCUGUUCGAAACCUUCAGUGUGUAACGGGAUCUCGUAAAGGCUGCAGCAGUCACGAUUACCUGUGCUGUUCUUUGCCCGCCACCCAGGACUCAAACCGUGCAGAUCGCCCCCUCGCAGUAGGUGCGGAAGGCUCCACCGGCGCUGUUGGACCUUUCGACAACAUUAAUACCGAUUCUGGGGAGAGUGCAUCGGCGCAGCGAGGCUUUUUCUCGCCAGGAGGAAUUUUUGACUCCGGAUUCAGCAGGCCCGUUCUAGUAGGGCCAGGUGGUCCAACGGGUAUGGUCGGUCCGAGAGGACAAGGCGUUUUAGUAGGGCCCGGAGGGCCGACUGGAAUAAUUGGCCCGGCUAGGUUUAACCAAGGGUAUGGUGCAAGCAGGCCUGGUAUCCUUGUAGGACCCGGUGGCCCUACGGGAAUCUUUGGAUCGAGGAGACAGGGUGUGCUGGUCGGACCCAGUGGGCCGACUGGAAUAAUUGGCCCAGCUGGGUUUAACCAAGGGUACGGUGCAAGCAGGCCUGGUAUCCUAGUAGGGCCCGGUGGGCCUACGGGCAGGGUGGGGCCAGGAAGGCAAGUUCUAGUCGGACCGGGGGGCCCCACCGGACAAAUUGGCCCACGAGGGAGCUUUGGUAAAUAG